UAAAUUUGACAAAAGGUGUUUCGCCUUAAAUUGUAAAUACAAUAAUUAAUUAAGCGUAUAUACUUUGUCAAUACAUCUAGUUAACUUUAAGCAAUAAGAUGUCGGAUGAUCUGCCCGAGGAAUUUGACCUGAUUGUUGUGGGCACAGGCUUCACGGAAUCCUGCAUUGCGGCCGCCGCUAGUCGCAUUGGCAAAACGGUGUUGCACAUCGAUGCCAAUGAAUAUUAUGGCGAUGCAUGGAGUUCCUUUAAUCUGGAGGCAUUUAAUUGUUUGCUGGAGCAACCCAAUUUCACGCUGAGGAAUGGAAGCUACAUUUGGCAUGGGCCCGAGUCGAAGGAGGAAAAUGAGGAAAUGGAAAUUGUGAGUUGGACACGUGAAACGCUGCUGGAGAAGUCGCGUCGCUUCAGCUUAGACUUGAGUCCACGUGUUGCCUACUCCGAUGGCGAGUUGGUCAAGUUGCUGAUCAAAUCCAAUAUUUGUCGGUACGCAGAAUUUCGUGCUGUGGAUCAUGUUUGUAUAUUGUCCAACGAUGAGCUUGUGUCGGUGCCCUGCUCCCGCAGCGAUGUCUUCAACACCAAAAUGCUGACCAUGGUCGAGAAACGUAUGCUGAUGAAAUUUCUCACCGCCUGCAACGAUUACAAGGAGGAGGAUGAGCUCUCAUUUCGCGGACGCACCUUUCUCGAGUAUCUGCAGGCGCAGCGAGUGACGGACAAGAUUGGCACGUGCGUCAUGCAGGCGAUUGCCAUGUGCGAUGCCAACACCAGCUUCGAGGUGGGCAUGCAGCGCACCAAUCGUUUCCUCGGCAGCUUGGGUCGCUACGGGAAUACCCCAUUUCUGUUUCCUAUGUACGGCUCUGGCGAGUUGCCGCAGUGCUUUUGUCGCCUUUGCGCCGUUUUUGGCGGUGUUUAUUGCUUAAAGCGCAGCUUGGAUGGCAUCACUCAGGCGGAGCAGUCCAAUGAGCUGCUAGUUAGCAGCGCAGGGAAAACGUUGCGCGCCAAGCAGGUGGUCUGUGCGCCAGCUCAACUGCCUGCCUCGCUGGCCAGACACUACGGCGAGUUGAAACCACACAUUUCUAGGGGUCUAUUUAUAGCCGCCAGUCCGUUGGGCAAUGAGGAGUUGAAUAAGGGUGGCGGCGGCGUCAUUUUGUUGCGUCUGCUGGCCGAGGAGGGAGCGCGGGAGGCUUGCCUCUUACAACUGGCACACUACUCCGGCACCUGCCCCGAAGGAUUGUAUAUCUUUCAUUUGACGACGCCUGCUAUAAGUGAAGAUCCUUCCGCUGAUUUGGCUGCCUUUACAGCGCAGCUCUUCCAAGCGAAUGCGCCACAAAUCCUCUACAGCGCUUACUUUACGCUAACAGCGCAAACCAUUCCAAAGACAAGCACCGCCAUGCCCAUUUGUUGCACUGCUGCGCCCACCUACGAGCUGGAUUAUGAUGCAGCCAUUGCCAAUGCUCGCGAUAUCUUUGAUAAACUCUAUGGCGAGGCGGAGGAGUUCUUGCCACGCGCACCCGAUCCCGAGGAGAUCGUUGUGGAGGGCGAGGAUCCGAGCGCUCUGAGGGAGCAUAGUCUGCCCGAGGAUUUGCGGGCACAGCUGCAGCAAAUGGAUAUUGCCGAAUAGAGGGGAACAAGCAGCUUUAUUUAAUCAUCAUUUUAUUUAUAUAAUUGAGAAAAAAAUGAAGACUUCUAUAUACACACUAAUAUGCCAGACACAUAUAUAUAUUAUCUGGACAAUUUGCAAUUCAAAGAACUAAUGUGUUUAGUUUAAGAUCAUAAUCAAAUA